UCCAAAUUUUCCUACUCCAUCAAACCCACUACUACUUAAAUCCCCAUUCACGGAAACAACAUCAGAAUUCAGUUUACAUUUUAAUUAAUGGCGACAUUUUUACUCUGUUUCCUCUGUUCUCUAUCUUCUUUAUACAUUACUCAAGCGCAAGCUCAAGCUAGAGCUCCCCAUGGACUUAUUUUCGAGAACCCAGUGGCGUUUUCUCCAUCUGCUUACGACUUUUUCCAUCCAAAUACACAUACACCGAAAGCCGUUAAACCUUGUGAUGAAUCCAAUUGCGCACCAGUGUCAGGAUCAUCAGCAUUUUCUACUUCGUCAGCUGUAGUAAGAGCUACACCAGCACAUGAAAGCAAGGAAUCAACAACAGUACAGGGUAGUAGUGGUAGUGGUAAUAGUAAGAGACUAGUACUAGGAGCUGGAGGCAUUUCUAGAAUUGUUUUUGCUUUUGUUUUCGCAGUCCUAUCAGGAAUAGGUGUUUAUUACAUGAUAGUUACUCGACGAACUAACAUUAAUCGUUCAAAUUCUGUUCAGCCUGAUUCUGCUUGUUAAGGGCUUUGCUUAAAUAGUUAAAUUGCUUGUUCAAUAGUAGCAUUUCCGUCGUCAUUCUGCUGGUCUUUAUUAAUUGUGUUAUGAGAUGUACCUACUAUAAUCAAUGAUUAAUUAGCAAACUAGUCUUUCCUUAUUUGCCUUUUUCUCU